AUGCCUCAUAGUGACUUUGUCAUUCCGUCAAAUCUGACUCUAUCUCAAACUUUACAACUACUGUACUCUAUCGUUUUGAACCAAUUCAAGAACUAUGAAGAUAAGCUACAAAUUGAAGGCGAUGACUAUUCCUCACUAAAAAAACUAUCAAAAGCACUUUCUCAGAUUAUUUUGUACCUAAGUGAUGGUAUUAACAGAGUAGAGCAACAUUACAAAGUUGAAAACCUGUUCAUUCUAACAAAUGCUGAUGUUCAAGACAUUGUGAGAAAUCUCAGAAUUCUGGAUCAGGAUGUGAAAGCCAGCAAAAGAAACGUUGAUGCAAGAAUACAAACACUUAUUUCAGACAAACAUAAGUCCUUGCCCUCUUCAAAUAGUCAUUUUUCCCUGUCAACCCUUCUUAAGAAGACUAAACUCACAUCGCAGAAGAAGGAACAGCUGAAAAAAGAGCAGGAGGAAAGGGAAGCGAGAGAAGUGGAAGAAAUUAAGAAACAGAGAAAGUUACAGGAAGACCAACGUGCGAGAGAAAAACUAGCAAAGGAAAAAGAAUUGGAAAUUCAACAGGCCAAGCUUCUUGAACUAACGAUUAAGAAACAAGUUGAAAAGGAGAUGGCCUCAAGGUUAUCGCAUGACCGUAACGCUAAUCAACAAAAGGACAAUAAAAAAGGAAGCAGCACGGACGCAAUCGUGCCAGUUGCAGGACGCUCUUCUCUAGACUUCAAACGGCCGGCCAGGAGAUCGAUUGACCAGAUGCGAAGGAGAAGUUUGGACGGCGGUGCCAGAAGCAAGGGUUCUCAGGUUAGUUCGCACACUAGGCCUGUUUCUGAUGCUACUGCAGCUAAUAUUGAUAAUGUUAACAGGGCAGCUUAUGUCGCUUGGGCACAUGCUAAACCACCUUCCGAUAAGUCUGAUGCGCGAGGUAGAGCUUCUCCAACUACAGAGCGCGCUCAAGCACAAAGCUCCAGGACUAAAUAUGAAUACGUUAAACCGGUCAUUAAGCGUCCAACCAUCAGGAUUCCAAAAAGAGUAACUCCAGCUCAUAGAAAGGAAGCGGUGUUGGAGUCUGUGGAAGGAAAGAAGGAGCUCCAACGUCAAUCUUCUCAGGUAAGAUCUCCCAAAGUUACUUCACGCCGUUCUUUUUCACCCGGAAUUACAACGCCAACAUCCCCUAAUCCCUCGUCUCCUAAUAUUUCAUCGUCUUUCCAAGAAAAGGAGUUAUCACCAUUCGAAAAACGGAUCGAGCAUGUCAUGAAUACGCUUGAAGGGGUUGAUGUAGACGCGUGUCAACAGAUUCUUAAUGACAUAUUAAUAGUUGAUGAGAAGAUUUACUGGGACGACAUUGCUGGUUUGAACAAUGCCAAAAAUUCUCUUAAGGAGACUGUAGUUUAUCCUUUUUUGAGGCCAGAUCUUUUUAAGGGUUUGAGGGAACCAAUAUCCGGUAUGCUUCUAUUUGGACCUCCAGGAACUGGUAAAAGUAUGAUUGCGAAAGCUGUUGCAACUGAAUCGCGCUCGACUUUUUUCAGCAUAAGUGCUUCCUCGUUGCUAUCCAAAUAUCUGGGUGAAUCAGAGAAGUUGGUUAGGGCAUUGUUCUAUUUGGCGAAACGGUUGUCGCCAUCGAUUAUAUUCGUUGAUGAGAUAGACUCACUUUUAACUUCACGCUCGGAUAAUGAGAAUGAAUCAUCUAGGAGAAUCAAGACGGAAGUUCUUAUUCAGUGGUCAUCACUAUCUAGCGCUACUGCCAGGGAUAAAGAAGAGAGUGAUGCGGAAAGUGGAAGGGUAUUGGUCCUUGCUGCAACCAAUCUUCCUUGGGCAAUUGAUGAAGCAGCUAGAAGAAGGUUUUCUAGAAGGCUCUAUAUACCUCUUCCUGAGUAUGAGACUAGACUAAUACAUCUGAAGAAGCUACUAUCGCACCAAAAAAAUAGCCUAUCAAGUACUGAUUUUGAGAUUAUUGCAUCUCUUACUGAGGGGUACUCGGGGUCUGAUAUAACGGCACUCGCUAAAGAGGCAGCAAUGGAGCCAAUUAGGGAGCUCGGUGAUAAAUUAAUAGACGUGGAUUUUUCGAAGAUCAGAGGUAUAUGUGUCGGAGAUUUCGAAAAGGCCAUGCUUACGAUUAAAAAAAGUGUCUCGCCUGAUUCUUUACAAAAAUUCGAAGCCUGGGCUGCUGGUUUCGGCAGCACAGGUGCCUAA